AUGAUCACCGUCGCAGCAGUCAUUCUCAUCGUUAUGCUCGCCAGACCGUCGCAUCCGACCAAUCAGAGCGGGUCAGACAUCACCAAGGGCACCACGGUCGGCCCGGCGGUUCAAGCGACAGAGCAUGUAGGUGAAAGAGCUCGCCUUUUCACGGAAGGGAAGAAGGGGCGCAGAGAGGCAGGUACGGGCAGUGGGAAGAAAGGGGAUGAGGAGGAGGGGGCGAAGGAGGAUGAAGAGGAGGAGAAGGAGGAGAAGGAGGGGAGAGAGGAAGAGGAGGCAAGGGAGGAGGAGGAGGGCUCGCAUGGCAGUGGAGAAGGAGCAAGGGAGGAGUACGAAGGGGCUGGCCCUGCAGAUGACAGUGGUGCUGGUGACAGUGCUGGAGACGGUGGUGGUGAUGUUGGUGGGGAGAGUGGCAGCAGCGGGGGUGGGGAGGCGGCUGGGGAGAGUGUGGGUUCGCCUGAGCAGCAGUCGAUUGCUGCCAAGGAAGUGAAAGCGGAGGCGGCAGCGGUGGCAGUGGACCCGGUGGGAGAGCCGAUAGACGUGGAGGGGUGUCGGGGGCGGGUGGUGUUCAUUCACAAGCUGGCUCAGGCGUACAACCGCGGGCUCGUGGAGCAGUGCGCCACGCUGCUGCCCUGGUUCUCCAUCUGCCCGCACUUCCAGAACGAUGGUUUGGGCAAUCGGAUUCGCAACAGCAAGCUGCUUCUACCCUCUGGCCGAUGGUUCGAGACGCACAUGUACGCCCUGGAGAUGGUGUUUCACUACCGCCUGCGCAAGGCAUACAAGUGCAUCACCAGCGACCCAGACAAAGCGGAUCUCUUCUUCAUCCCCUUCUACGCGUCGCUGGACGUCACCCGCUGGCACUUUGCCAAGAAUGCGUCUCUGGACGACCGGGACCGCAUGCACGAUGGGCUCGCCAAGUGGUUGAUGAGAAGGGAGCACUUCAAGAGGCGCAACGGAGCGGACCACUUCAUCGUGUUGGGACAGGGCUCGUGGGACUUCAGGCGGUCAGAGGGGUCGCAGUGGGGCAACCGCCUGCUGCUGCUGCCCGAGAUGAAGCACGUGACCAAGCUGGUGCUGGCAGCUAACCUGUGGGAAGAGACGGAAAUCGGCAUCCCCCCUCUCACCUUCUUCCACCCGCGCUGGGAGAAGGACUACAAGACAUGGCAGCGCAUAGCAGAGUCGCACCGACGCACGUCGCUGGCGGCGUUUGCAUCACUGAGAGACGCGUUCAGCAAGCACAACAAGGUGCUGGGGCGGCAGUGCAAGAAGGCCAAGGUGUGCCGAUACCUCGAGUGUGUGGAGGACAUCUGCACGCGCCCAGAGGUGCUCAUGGAUCUAUUCACCGAUGCUGCCUUCUGCCUCAUCCCAUCGGGCCACACUGGCGCCCGCAGAGCCGCCUUCGACGCCAUCGUGGCCGGCUGCAUCCCCGUCUUCCUCGACUCCUUUGUUCCCUCCCAGUACAAGUGGCACCUGCCCGCCAACAGCAGCACCUACUCGGUCACUCUGAGUGAGAAUGCGGUGCUGUCAGGGAGGGUUGACAUCAUGAAGGAGCUCCUGAAGAUUCCAGGAAAGGAGGUGCGGCGAAUGCGGUUGAAGAUCAUAAGGGAGGUGAUGCCAGCAGUGGUGUACAACCAUCCACGCAUGUACCCCAUGGAACACAAGCGAGAUGCCUUUGAUAUUGCCAUGGAGGAGGUGGGCUUUAAGAUGCAGUACCACUCGGAGCAGUCCUCGGGGCUCCCCCCGCACAAGAGCGGCAGCCGCCGGCGCGCAACGGUCGCAUCGGUAAGUCCGCUUGAGCUGCGCCUGCAGGAGUUUCACAUGGUCGGGGGAAGCGGAAUCGGGGGAGGCGGAAUCGGGGGAGGCGGAAUCGGGGGAAGCGCGAUUGAGCGCGGAAGCAGCAAACAUGUAGGGUCCGGCGUGGGUGUAGGGUUACCCGUUCGCAGUGCUUCGCCGCAAAGUGUCGCCAACCACGCGGAGUCGCCCGGGCACAUGUCGGACGGGCGCGGCUCCAGCAGCCACUCGAGCCACGAGGGGCGGCGGCGGCGGAAAUCGUCGGAUAACGUUGCCGUCGAGGCGCGGACCGCGUUGACCGGUCUUAGCCUUACCGGCUUAAGCGGCGGGUACGGGGCGGUCCCUACGGGCACGGGGAACAGCACGAGCGGCGGCGGGGGGCGAAGCAGAAGCGGCGCAAUUGGCAGCGCGGCGAGACAGCCGACGCUGGAGUCGAUGCGAAAUGGGGUUAACAACUGCAGCAACAGCAGCAGUAUCAAUAGCGUCGUCGACCCGCGAUUGCCGCUGGUUAAUACGCCGGACUCCAUACCGUCAGAUGCGGACAAGCCGCGCUUCCUUUCGAAGCCAGCCGCGAACGCGGCGCAAUUCACGCCGGGGAGCGCGGAGCUAGCGGCGGCGGCGGCGGCUUUGGCGGCCGCUGCCGGCGGAGUCGCGUACUGCAAGCCGCGGUACCAGUUCUGCCCGAAUUGCGGGUUUCAGCUGGUAGAAAACCCGAUAAUAGAGCCCAUCUUAAAGCCCAUUGUACCCGCUAUGGCGGAGGCAGAGACGGAUUCGGAACAAGACUGCGACGACGACGCGAGCGAGGUAUCUGUGCCACGUGUCAAAGCGCCGUUGGCGAACGCCAAGGCGAAAAGCAAGAAGGGGAAGAGCCGCACGGGGGGGGGAACUGUGGCGCACAGCCACGCGGAAAAGGAAAGGCCGCGCAGCAGACGGUCUUCCGCGGAUCAUAGCAGCAGCGGCGGGGGGGACUCCGACUUCGGCGGAACCGGCGGAGCGGGCGGAGCUUCCGCCGCCGCGGGGAGGGCGGGAAGCGACGCGGAAGAGCCGGGCGCGCGGAGGCCGCCCGCCGCGUUUCCCCCUUCCGCGUCUUCCGCGGGGAAGGAGAUCGAGGGGAGCCGCAUGGACCGCCUGAGGGCGCCGGAGGUGGGGCAGCGGCAGGUGCUCCGCCACAUGGAGAAGGGCGGCGGAGCGGGCGCGGGCGGCGGAAAGGGGCGCCAUCGGCGCAUCGGGAGCGUUGAUCACAACAUCUAUUCCGCCGCCAUGCCGCUCACGAAGGGGCGGCUGGCGGGCGGAGCGGGCGCAGCGGCGGGGAGGGAUCAGGGUUACGGGGGAUGGGCGGAAGCGGGCGCGGGCGCGGAUGCGGAGGGAGGAGGGAUGGGCGCGGGGCGCGCGGGAAUGAGGGGGAUAGCGUCCCCCGUUCAGGAGGAUGACGGGGAGGGGACGGAGCGCAGCUCGCCGACGGAAUCCGUCGCGUUUUCUGACGUGUCCGCGGCUACGGGGCGCGACGCGCCGGUUGGCAGCGCGAUAGGCGGCGCGAGCGCCGUCAGCGCCGCGAUUUCCGCCCACAGAAAGCGGCUCGGGAUUGGAGGAGACGGGGGGAGCGAGAGGGGGAGCGAGCGGGGGAGCGAGAGGGGGAGCGUGGCGGGUUCCCCCAGGGGGGAGCCUAGAGGCGCAGGGUCUCCGCGGAAAUCCGCUAUAGGGCUGAAGAAGCUGCAGCUAAGAGUGGAUAUCGGGGCAGAUGAUAGCGGGGAUGAGGGCAGGGAGAAGGGGGCGCACCGGCGCAUCUCGUCGUGGGUGGACGGCGGCAGCCUGCGGCACACAGACUUCAUCCUGCGCAAGCCGUACCGCGAUGUGACCGAGGUGUUUGACGUGCAAGAGGAGGAGCUGGGCGUGGGGCAGUUCGGGGUGAUCCGGUCGUGUGUCAAUAGGGUUACUGGCGCGCUGCUGGCAUGCAAGACCAUCAGCAAGGAGCGCAUUGUGUGUCCCGAGGACGCAGAGGACGUGCGGAAGGAGGUGCAGCUGAUGCAGCAGCUGAGGGGGCACCCCAACAUCAUCGACCUCUAUGAGACGUUUGAGGACAGCAAGCACGUGCACCUGGUGAUGGAGAUCUGCAAGGGCGGGGAGCUGUUUGAUCGCAUCAAGUUGAGGGGGCAGUACAGCGAGCGCAGCGCGGCGCUCGUGUGUCAGACGCUGGUCGAGGCGCUGCUGUACUGCCACUCCAACGGCAUCGCCCACCGCGACGUGAAGCCGGAGAACAUUCUCUUAAUGCACAAAGACGACGACACCAACAUAAAAGUCAUUGACUUUGGUGUCGCUACGCGGUUCAGGCAUGGCGAGCCUCUCACUGAGUUCGUUGGCACGCCCUACUACAUGGCUCCAGAGGUCCUCACCGGCUCGUACGGCCCUGAAUCAGAUAUCUGGUCGGCGGGGAUCGUCCUAUACAUUAUGUUGUGCGGCUUCCCGCCGUUCUGGGCGGCGAGCAACGAGGGCAUAUUCGAUGCGAUUCGGCGCAAGGAGGUGCAGUUCAAGUCUGCCAAGUGGCGCACUGUGAGCGAGGACGCCAAGGAGCUUAUAAAGAGGAUACUCGUUAAGGACCCCCGCAAGAGGAUCUCAGCGCUUGAACUGCUUGGUGAGUUCAAUGG